CACAACACUGACAUAAAGGCACAAAAGUGGCAUCUGUUGCUGUCACGGCUUGAUAGAACCAAGAAGACCAUUGAGGAUGGAAAGCGAAACAAGCACUAUUUAGACAUGAAUUUGCGGGCUGCAGUUGCACACUAUUGGACUAUAAGCCUGGUGGGCUGGAUGUAGAAUUUACUGAAUGGAUAUACCUGAGGUGGGGGAAGUUUACAAAACAAGUCCCACCUCCUGAUUAAUCAUUGGAGAGGAAUCGUAUUCAUAUAUGGGCUGAAGAGCGAUAGUAGAUUAAUGGACUUUUCCAUGUUUUUUGUUUCAAUAUUUUAUGGCAAGAUAUUUAAUUUCACAUUAGCCUGCAAGUUGUUUCGUUAAAUGGAUUGCUCCUAAUUAACUUUUGAGCAUCCGUGUCGUUACAGUCCGUCGUUUUUUGCUCCCGCUGACUGGCAGCUGGCAAUGUAUGGUAGUAGUCUAUGACUUUCUGAUGUAAGUGUAGCUAUUGGAGUUGGUGGAUCAGAAAAUUAAGUUCGAGAGUGCGUGUCACGUUUUCACAUUUUACCGACAAUUCGGAGGAGUAGGCUACACGCUAUGGAGAGUGAAACGAACGGUAACAUCUCGAUCACUUCCCAGCUUCACCUGAACAACAGCACCAAUGCGAAUGACAGGGUGGACUCGUAUGGGUUUGAGAUGCCUGAGGGUUAUGAGUCCUAUGAGAAGAUGAUGGCUGAGUAUGUAGCCGUGCUCACCAGAAGGUCCAUCAAGUGGUCUAAACUCCUACAGGGGAAAGUCCACGUGGAGAAGAACCUGAAGGUGAAGCGGUACGUGCGUAAGGGUGUGCCCAACGAGCACCGAGCCCAGAUCUGGAUGGCAGCCAGCGGGGCCCAGGAGCAGCUGGAAAAGAACCCAGGGUACUACCACACUCUGCUGGGCACCGAGCAGCAGCACGAUGCCAAGCUGGAGGAGACCGUCAGGAUAGACAUGCACAGAACGUUCCCUGACAACGUGCAGUUCCGGAACAGCUCAGAGCCCUGUCUGCAGAAGGCCCUGUACAACGUGCUGCUGGCGUAUGGACACCACAACCAGGCUGUGGGAUACUGCCAGGGUAUGAACUUCAUUGCAGGCUACCUCAUCAUCAUCACUAAGGAUGAAGAGAAGUCCUUCUGGCUCAUGGACUCUUUGUUGGGAAGAAUACUCUCUGACUACUACAGCCCGGGCAUGCUGGGGUUGAAGACGGACCAGGAGGUGUUGGGCGAGCUGGUGAGGGUCAAAGCCCCAGCUGUGUGGCAGGCCAUGGGCCAACACAACGUCAUGUGGACCCUGGUGGUCUCCAGGUGGUUCAUCUGCCUCUACAUCGAUGUCCUGCCUGUAGAGACAGUUUUGCGGAUCUGGGACUGCCUGUUCUACGAGGGCUCUAAGAUCCUGUUCCGCGUGGCCCUGACUCUGAUCCUCCACCACCAGGCUGAGAUCCUGCAGGCCCGCUCCAUGGUCGAGGUGUGUGAGCGCUUCAAACUGAUCACCCAGGGAGCCUUCACAUACGACUGCCACACCUUCAUGCAGGAAAUCUUCAGGGAACCAGGAAGUCUCUCCAUGGCAACCAUCACUAAGCUAAGGGAGACAUGCCGAGAACACAUAGUGGCUGAGAUGUCCAGACUCCACCCUUGACCACUAAUAACCUCUUAAGGCAAUCACCCUGUGGUUAUCCUGGGCUUGUUCCAGGUCAUCUUCAUUGCAGUUGCACUACAGAUGAUCAGAUUUCACAUCUGGAGAAACAACCGUUAUCUCAGGAACCACAUAAAUAUGAUGACAUGGCAAUCACUCUUCUGAGAUGCUGAAUUGAGCUGCGUGAUUGUAGUACCCCCAUCUAGCUAAAUAUGAUUUGUAUUGUAAAAAGCAUUAAACUGUAUUCUUGUA